CAACGACUUUCAACUCAUUGACUCUUAUCAUGUCUAUUGCUGAGCUACUGGCAAAUACUCUCUCGCCCACUCAGACUAUUCGAGAGGAUGCCACCAACAAACUUAAUUCGUACGAAUCAGAGAAUUUCCCAAACUAUCUAGGUCUGCUCUGCCAAGAACUUACCUCUCAGCAAACUCCCAUGGACAUCAGAAAGAGUGCUGGCCUGAUUUUUAAAAAUUCUCUUACUUCCAGGGAUGCUGUUCGCCAGACUGAAAUGGCUGCAAGAUGGAGAAACAUCGAUCCGGCAUUUAGAACUCAAGUCAAAACAGCCAUUCUUCUCUGCAUUGCUGCUCCCGUUGCAGGGCCUUCUAAAGUCUCGGGCCAGGUUGCUGCCGCAAUUGCCGCUAUUGAACUCCCGCAUGAUGAAUGGCCUGAUUUGAUCAGUUCACUUCUUGAAAAAGUUACUACUUCUGAAGCCGAUGUUGCCAAGCAAGCAUGUCUCCAAACCAUUGGUUAUAUUUGCGAAUCAAUUGAACCUAGCGUACUAAGAGGUCAAUCUAAUGCCAUUCUAAAUGCUGUUGCCCAUGGAGCUCGCAAAGAAGAGACCAAUAACGCUGUGCGUCUCUGUGCAAUCCAGGCACUUUUCAACUCGCUUAGUUUUGUUCGAGAUAAUUUUGAGAACGAGGGUGAAAGAAAUUACAUUAUGCAGAUUGUUUGCGAAGCUACUCAAUGCUCAGAUGCUGAAGUUCAAGUUGUUGCUUUCGAGUGUCUCGUCAAAAUCAUGUCUUUGUAUUACGAAAAAAUGGUUUUCUAUAUGCAAAAGGCUCUUUAUGGGCUUACCGUGCUAGGUAUGCGCCACGACAAUGAAAAAGUCGUACUUCAAGCCGUAGAAUUUUGGUCUACUGUUGCAGAGACUGAGCUGGAUAUACUCUACGAGCAUCAGGAUGCAUUGGAAGCCAACGAACAACCAGAACGUGAACUCUUUCAUUUUGCCUCGACUGCAUUGCCUCAAAUUGUCCCAGUUUUGUUGUGGCUCAUGACAAAGCAAGACGAGGAUGACGACGAGGACACAUGGAAUAUUUCCAUGGCCUCUGCUACUUGUUUGUCAUUGUUUGCUACUUGCUGUGCAGAUGCCAUUGUUCCUCUGGUUCUUCCCACUAUCGAGUCCAACAUCAAAAAUGAAGAUUGGAAAUUCCGUGAGGCUGCUGUCAUGGCAUUUGGUGCAAUCUUGGAAGGUCCUGAUCCCACGCAGCUUGGUAAUCUGGUGCAAAUGGCGUUUCCCACUCUUUUAGAGCUUAUGAACGAUAACAUGGAACAGGUCAAGGAGACUGCUGCCUGGACUCUCAGCCGUAUCAGUCAGAAUCUUAUCCAGUUUGUCACAUUUGAGCAAUUUCCUGUCUUGAUCUCCACCAUUCUCAAAGGCUUGAGCGAUAAUCCUCGUGUUUCUACUCACUGCGCUUGGUGUAUUAUUAAUUUGGCUGAAAAUACCACUCCUACAUCCGACAAUCCUGAAAUUGAGUUUGCAGAAACCUCUCCAUUAUCAAGUUUCUUUGAACCCAUUGUUAGUGCAUUGCAUCAGUGUGGUGAGGCUGCUACCAAUGCUCCACAUUUGCGUGCUUCUGUUUUUGAAGCCAUGGCUACUGUUAUUGCGACCAGUGCAGAUGACUGUCUUGGCUCUGUGCAAAACCUGACUACCGUGUUGCUGCAACGUCUUAACGAGUCUGUCAAUGUACAGAGCCAGCUGGUUGGUGCUGAUGAGCGUCGCGUUCACCAUGAUCUUCAAGCUCAUCUCUGCAGUGUCCUUACAGCCGCUAUUCGCCGCCUUAAAAAUCAGAUUGCACAGAUUGCUGAUCCCAUCAUGUCAACCAUGCUGCUUGUUAUUUCCAAUGCACCAAAGGCAUCCACUGUUAUGGAAGAUGCAUUUUUGGUGUGCGGAGCUCUUGCUGCCGUAAUCGAAGGCAAUUUCUUGCGUUAUGUAAACACGUUGCUACCGUAUGUGAGUUCUGCCAUGCAGAACGUUGAGGAAUACCAAGUGUGUAUUACUGCUAUUGGCUUAAUUGGCGAUAUUUGCCGUGCUGUGGGUGAAAGCAUUCUUCCUUAUUGUGAAGGUAUUAUGGGGGCUCUUGGUAGUCUGAUACAGAAUCCCAGUCUCCAUCGUUCUAUCAAGCCGGCCUGUCUGGCUGUUUUCGGUGACAUGUGUCUUGCGAUUGGAAAUAAUUUUGAACCAUUCUUGCAGCCCACAAUGAUGGCGACUCACCAAUUAUCCGAGAGUCUUAAUCAAAUGCCAACCGUGAGUGAUGCCUUGAUUUACGAAUAUAUCUACCUUAUGCGUGAGGGUAUUGCAGAAGCAUAUGUUGGUAUUGUUCAAGGUCUCAAGGCUAGUGAUCGGGGUAGGACUGCACAACUCAUCACACCCUAUGCACACCAAAUCUUUGCAUUCUUGGAGGCCGCUACUGCUCAAGAAGAUCGCACCGAGUCUGUAACUCGUAGUAUUCUUGGUCUUAUUGGUGAUUUGGGCGAGCUCUUGCCACUUGGUACAAUGAAGCCGCUUUUCAGUGCUGAAUGGAUUCCUCUAUUGUUAAAGGAAGUCAAAGUGGAUCGUAAUGCUUCUAUUAGUACCAAGGAAGUUGGACGAUGGGCAAGAGAAAUGGUUCGCCGCCAAGUGUCGGUUUAAAUGAAGAUCCACCAUCACGCCAGCUUCACAUUUAAUGCUUAUGUGCAAUCUUUGAAUUCUAUCCUGCUUCAUCCAUCUACUCCUACCUAUAUCUCUUCUGAUUUUUGUGUUUCUAUCAAUUCUUUUACUUGUCCCUUGCCUUUACUUGUUGGUUUUUCGAAUCAAAAAGAUUUUUGUG